AUGAAAGAAUAUGUAUUUCCCUGUGAAACACCUUCAGCAAAGAGCUUUCUUCAGGAUUUUAACCAUCUUGAUCAGCUGCAUGCUAAUAGAUCAUUGUAUGGUGUCCUUACUGGCUCUAAUUCUGGUUCUUUGGAUGAAUUUCCCUAUAGAUUAUCACCAGCUUCACAUUUAUACGAGUGUGACUACAAGCCAUACACAAAUAACAACAAUGGACUAUAUGGUCGAGACAAUUUCCAAAGUAGUGGAUGCUUGAACCUCCCUCAAGAAAACAUCAUUGACAUGAUAGGUCCUAAUCAGAGUCACAUGUCCUUGAAUUUACAAGAAACCAAACCUAUGAAUAUUGAGGUGCUAGAUGGAACCCCUUGUGUGUCGACAAAAUAUGAUUACUACACGAAAGGUGGCUUGUAUAAGAAUGAUGCCAUACUACCUUUGACAAGAAGGACAGGGAAGACACCUAAGAAGGAAACUACUAAUGUAGUCAAGGGGCAAUGGACAGCUGAGGAAGAUAGCCUGUUGAUCCGGCUGGUUGAUGAGUUUGGAAUAAGAAAAUGGUCUCAUAUUGCUCAGAUAUUGCCAGGAAGAAUCGGCAAGCAGUGUCGAGAAAGAUGGCAUAACCAUUUGAGGCCAGAUAUCAAGAAAGAUAUUUGGAGCGAGGAGGAAGAUAGGGUGCUAAUACAGGCCCAUAAAGAAAUAGGGAACAAAUGGGCGGAAAUUGCUAAGAGUUUGCCAGGGAGAACUGAAAACUCUAUCAAGAACCACUGGAAUGCAACUAAAAGAAGGCAAACUUGCACCUCCAAGAGAAAAAGCCGAUCCAAGUAUCCGAAGGGCUCCCUUCUACAAGAGUAUAUCAAGAGUUUGAACCUGGACUCAAUUCCUAAAGUGAAACGACGUCAGAGGAGAAGGAGAACUCCUAAAUAUCCUGAUGCCAUAAUUGGUAGUAGCACUACGAUGAAAGAACCAGGUGACGAGCAGCCUCAGCAGGACUUGAACCUUUGUGAAAAUAAUGAUGGACCCGUCUUACAUUAUGAUUUUGAUGAGAUCCCAGAUUUUGAUUUUGACGAGACUAUAUUUCAAGAUGGCAGCAGCAUUGAUUCUCUUCUUGAUGAGAUAGAUUGUGAUCCCGUUGUUAAUGAGAAAGUGCUUGAUAUGGAAGUGCCAAGAGCGGACGAGAUCCCAUUCCAGGACUUUGAAAUGAUGGAUGAGGUGGAUUUAUGGAGAUGA